UUUUAUACCCGGUACACGAAGAGCUUAGGAAUAUUUAAGCUUUGUGGAUGUGGAAAGAAGCCUAUUUCAUAUUUUGAUAAAUUUAUUGUUUGGACUCAUUUUGAUGAAGCAGAGUUGCCAGGCUUUAUCAAUCUACAUCUACUGUUGUCAAAGAACAGAAAUAGAGUAUAAAAUUUUAAAAUUUUGAUUUAACUGAUAUAUUUUGGGAUUAGUAUUGUAAGAAAAUGGAUUCACAAAGGAGUAACCGCUUUCAGUUACUUCGUGACGAAAAAGGGGACAAAUCGGCACGGCCGAACGGCAAAAGGAUGACAACUGAAAAACCAAAACAAGCUGCCAACACAUUAAAGCAAAAAGGUAAAAAUGAAACUUUCAUCGAUCUGAAGACGAAACAAGGCUGGCAAAGAAAAUACAAUGGACCAAAAGGUUACUGGAUUGGAGGAGCCGUGAGUACCAAGGGGGCGUCCACGAUCAGCGCUGCACUAGGAGAGGAUCGCAAAUCUGGAUUGGACGAAAAGGGAGAAAGCGUCGGAGAAAAGUGUAAUGGUGUCGUUGCCCGCACUCCACUGACGGUGGGAUGGACCCGACUCGGAUCAGAAGUUUUAAAGCAGAGCCCACCAUCCCCAUCCCCUCCACAAGGCGAAGAGCAGAAGCAACACACUCCCGACAAGGUGGUCGUCCAGCAGCAAAAGGUCCGUACUAAUAUCCGCACAAAAGUCCUUCCCAAGGCCGAUGCGCAAAGUAUUGCCGAUAACCUGGAAACUCCACUGAAGGGAGGAUGGUCUCGACUUGGAUCGGAAGUUGUAAAGCAAAGGCUAGGCGAAGAAAAAGAGCAGCAACAAGGCCGUUGUAAUACUUUUACUGAUACAAAGGUCCCUCAAAACGACAAGGCGCGGUGUAACUGCAACAAAUUUUCCAGGCCGUUGGAAACUAGCGACACCAAAAGUGUGUUAGCCACAACCAGGCGCCCCGUCUUGGUCACACAGCGCGCCGCCCGUCAGAAACACCUCGAGAACAUUGAGGUGAACUUCUUCGUUGGGAACUACGAGCCUCUUGGCCCUCCCUGCGGGACCGAGUGCCCCAAGGUCGAUGAUGAAAUUCAAUUUCCGAAUCUCCCUCUCCCACCUUAGUGCGUGCAACGAGGACAAAUUUGAAAAUGUAAAAAAAAAUUAAUAAAAAUA